AGAUUAUCAGCCGAGAGAGAUAUAAAUAUAGACACCAAGAAUAUAAACAAACGAACACCUCUAUCUUUAGCAGCGGAGUAUGACCGGUCCCAGAUCGUGCAGUAUCUUUCACAACAGCAAGCCGAUAUCAACUCCAAAGAUCGGGAAGGGCAGACCCCGCUGGCGUGGGCAUUGAUUAAUGGUCAUCUUGCUGUGGUGGACAUGCUGAAAGAAAAG